AUGCCCUGCGUUCAUUUUCUAUGUCGGCAUCGUCCCUGUGUUGCAGUCUUUGUGAAUAAACGAAAGAAAUUUAUUUCCCUACAUUCUGAAGUGUUGUACCACAAGAUCAUACGAGAAAUCUGCGAAAAAUAUGGAAAAGAUUACACGAAGGAUUUACAAACGCGCAUGACCGGCACCACAGAUAGGGAAAUAUGUGUGGCGGUUGUGGACUUGUUGAAGUUACCUAUAUCCGUCGACGAAUUCGAGAAGCAGCUCACUGAUUUGGCUCAAAAAUUGUUGCCGAGCGCACCCUUACUGAAAGGUGCCAAACGUCUCCUGACGCACCUACACGAUUACAAGGUGCCAAUGGCUUUAGCUACUAAUUCAACUGAACAAGCGGUCAGACUCCACGCCUUAUCUCGUCCGAAGUUAUUCGGAAUGUUUCAUCACAAGGUUAGCGUUACCGAUCCAGAGGUUAAGCACGGUAAGCCAAAGCCGGACAUUUAUUUGGUUGCCGCUUCAAGAUUUCCCGACAAACCGAAACCAAUUAAAUGUCUGGUGUUUGAGGAUUCGGUGGUCGGUGUGGAGGCGGCCAUCAAAGCUGGAAUGCAGGUGGUCAUGACCCCUGGACCUCGUCUGCAGCGAGAACACACCCGUCACGCCACGCUCGUUAUCAAGUCACUCCUGGACUUCAAACCCGAACUCUUCGGUCUACCGCCCUUUGACAAGACUUUGAAUAAAGCAACAGAAAUAACCAAUAAAUGAGCUUAUCAACCGUUGAACGGGUUUAUUUGGCGAGCGUCGAUAUUAUUAUCU